AUGUUGAAACGAAGCCUGUUCACGUCAAGUAUUCAGUUUGCCAAAAAGAAGGUUGCUAAAAAAGAGGUUGUUCAAGAAAAAGCAAUCCUUGGUAGACCUUCUAACAAUCUUCGCAUGGGUAUUGUUGGACUUCCUAAUAUUGGAAAGUCGUCCUUGUUCAACACACUGACAAACAGCAGCGUACCUGCAGAAAAUUAUCCGUUUUGUACGAUUGACCCUUCAGAAGCACGAGUUCAAGUGCCUGAUAGUCGAUUUGAUUGGCUUGUCAACCUAUAUCAACCCAAAAAAAUAACACCUGCCCACUUAACUGUAGUUGAUAUUGCUGGACUUGUCAAAGGAGCCUCACAAGGUGCUGGGUUAGGAAAUGCGUUCUUAUCGAAUGUAUCUUCUGUAGAUGCUAUAUACCAUCUUGUGCGAGCAUUUGAUAAUGAGAAUAUUACUCACGUGGAAGAUACGGUUAACCCUGUGAGAGACUUGGAAAUUAUUCAGAAUGAAUUGAGAAUAAAGGAUGAGGAAACGCUCGAACGUCAGAUAAUGGAAUUAACAAGACAAGCAAGUCGAGAGCCAACAAAGAAGACAACGAUAGGACUCUCAAAGCGAGAUGAAUUGAAUAUUAUAGAAAAGGUGGCUGAAUUUAUGGCAAAGGGCAGAGAUGUACGAAAAGGAGAGUGGACUGUGCCUGAAGUGAAUGUGAUCAAUACGUUGCAUUUACUCACAGCUAAACCCAUGAUUUAUCUCUGUAAUGUAAGUGAAGAAGAAUAUAUAGCCAAUGAAGGCUACAAGUUACCUGAAAUAAAAAGCUGGGUUGAACACAAUAAUCCUGGUGAUCUCAUCAUCCCAUUAUCGGUUCCACUGGAAGCCAAGAUAGGCACAAUGUCAAAUCCGUCGGUUGAAUCACAGUUACCCAAAGUUAUAUUGGCAGGAUAUAAAGCGCUUGACUUGAUCCAUUAUUUUACUUGUGGACCACAAGAAGUGAGAGCAUGGACAGUGAGAAAUAAUUCAAGGGCUCCUCAAGCAGCGGGUGUUAUUCAUACUGAUUUUGAAAGAGGAUUCAUUUCUGCUGAUAUCAUGAAAAUAGAUGAUUUACAACACUAUGGCUCUGAGAAUGCAGUCAAGGCAGCAGGUAAAUAUCUUCAAAAAGGAAAAGAUUAUAUAAUGGAAGAUGGUGAUAUCGCUUAUUUCAAAGUAAGUAAAUAA